GGCAUGUACGACCAUCAUGCUUGGUUUUGCGUGUUUUUCGCUCACAAAAUCCAAAACACACAAAACAACCGACAAAACAAACCCCACUAAAGAAGAUGAUGCUGAAACAGAUUGGAUCUUCCACACGAGAUCGCCGCCGGGCCACAGCUCCUCAAAGACUUUGUUGCGAUGCUGCUCAGAAGCAAUCAAUGGAGCCCUCCAUCUUGGCAUCCCACCGGAGGCACUCAUCCGACGAAGUGUCCUCUGACCGCCAAGCGGUGCUAUCUGCGGCUGCGGCUUUGUCGACUGCAAAUGUUCCCGCCGCGUUGGCAACGCCGGGGUCUUUGAGGCCAAGAAACCUUGGCUCCAUCUGCGAAGAGAGCAAAGAACUGGACCACUUCGAUGACGAGGAUGAGCUAUCCUAUGAAGAAUGCUUGGAAAUCAGUGCCGCCCUUGGCGAUGUAAAGCAGGAGGAAUGGAUGCUACGAGCAGAAGACGCAAUCAACAAAUUGGAUGUGGAAAUCUUCUCCAAAGAAACAAGCUCAGGCAAGGAAGAAGACUGUACUUGUCUCGUCUGUAUAAUGAAUUUUGAGGACAACGACGUCCAGCGAAGGCUGCCUUGUGGACAUGCCUUUCACAUCUGCUGUGCCGAUCAGUGGCUGCUCCAAAACAACGCUUGUCCCUGCUGCCGAAACCCUAUCGCUGCUGACUUGUAGUUUCUGACUGAUAAAACCUGAAUGUACUUCUAGUUCCUAAUAUUUCAGCUAUCGUCAAACACUCUUACUUCGAAUCGCAAUCCGUUAGC